AUGGAUGAAGAUAAGGUGCGAGCCAUUUGGGAGUGGCCUACCCUGAAAACAGCUAGUGAUGUGAGGAAUUUCUAUGGCCAUGCAACCUUUUACAGGCGCUUUGUUCACCACUUCAAUACCCUGACCGCACCAAUUACUGACUACCUGAAGCGUGGAAAAUUUAAUUGGGGUGAAGAGCAAGACCACAGCUCUACCCUUAUUAAAGAAAAGUUGAGCACAACACCGGUUCUUGCCCUUUCCAACUUUAAGAAGAUAUUUGAGUUCGAAUGUGAUGCGAGUGGAGUGGGUGUAGAAGCUGUUUUGUCUCAAGAGAGUAGACCGAUUGCAUUUAUCUCAGAAAAACAGAGUGAAGCAUGCCAAAAAUGGAGAACUUAUUACCAGGAGUUCUAUGCAGUGGUACGAGCCCUGAAGUAG